AGGCGGCUCGCUCGUUCUGCGAUCCAUUGAGAGCGCCUUCUUAGAGCCCUGUGUAGAUGUCGGGGAGGGAGGGAAGAUGGCUGCCACAGCGGCGGGCGGCCUGGUGGGGAAGGGGCGCGACAUCAGCCUAGCAGCCCUGCAGCGCCACGACCCCUAUAUCAACUGCAUCGUGGACGUCGCCAGCCAGGUGGCUCUGUACACUUUCGGCCAUCGGGCCAACGAGUGGGAGAAGACUGAUGUGGAAGGAACCUUGUUUGUUUAUACGAGGUCUGCUUCUCCAAAGCAUGGAUUCACCAUUAUGAAUAGGCUAAGCAUGGAGAAUAGGACAGAGCCCAUUACUAAAGACCUGGAUUUCCAACUCCAGGACCCUUUCCUUCUCUACAGAAAUGCCAGAUUGUCCAUUUAUGGAAUUUGGUUUUAUGAUAAGGAAGAAUGCCAAAGAAUUGCAGAACUUAUGAAAAACCUAACACAGUAUGAGCAGUUGAAAGCCCACCAGGGAGCUGGAGCAAGACUCUCCCCAAUGAUCCUCAAUUCAGGAGAGGGCGCAGAAGUAGAUAUCUUGCAAAUGCUCACCAAGGCCAAAGAUGAAUACACAAAGUGUAAAACCUGUUCUGAGCCAAAAAAGAUAGCCAGUUCAUCUGCCAUCUAUGACAACCCCAAUCUCAUCAAACCAAUUCCGGUGAAACCCAGUGAAAACCAGCAGCAGCGCAUACCUCAGCCCAGCCAGAUCUUAGACCCUGAGCCCCAGCACUUAUCCUUAACAGCUCUGUUUGGGAAGCAGGACAGAGCUGUGUGUCAGGAAGCUGCGGAGCCUCCGGAGCCUCCGCUGUCCCUCCAGCAGCAGCAGCAGCAGCAGCAGCAAGAGAAGCUUCCAGUUAGGCAGGGGGUUGUACGCUCCCUGUACUAUGAAGAACCCAAGAGACGCUCACCCCCCAUUGAGAAGCAGCUGUGUCCAGCCAUUCAGAAGCUCAUGGUCAGGAGUUCAGACCUGCAUCCAUUGUCAGAGCUGCCUGAACACCAGCCCUGUGAAAAUGGCAUUACCCAUUCUUCAAGGGAAGUUUUUGCUGGACCUGUCCAGCCAGGGUCUCCCCAUAACAUUAGAAUUUCUCAUGGUGCACAAAAUGCUUCCAGAACUCAGAACCUGUUAGAGAAACUUCAGAAUUCUCCAGGGGCAGCAAACUGCAGCCGAGCUCCCACUUCUGCCGCCCCUGUGGCUUCAGGAAAGGGUCUGGCUCAGCCACCACUGGUAUAUUUCAACGGCUCCCUUCCACUUCAGACACUAGGACAUCAGGCUCAUGGGAAGGAACAGGCCACACUCCCGAUACAACCACUCUCCCUCCCUGGUGGUCAGAAUAGUAGUUCUGGAGUGAUCUCCCCUCAAGAGCUGUUGCAGAAGCUCCAGGCCGUGCAGCAGGAGCAGCAGCUGCAUGUGUCCAGCCGCCCAGCCCUGGCCGCUAAGUUUCCUGUGGUCGCUCAGAGCCCUAGAACCGGGCAACCAUUGGAAUCAUGGAUCAACAAGACGUCCAGCACAGAAAAGCAGGCUCCUCUUUUCCAGGUUGGUUCGCCUCAGCACAUCCCUGCUGCAACGGCUCCCUCUCUGCUCAUGACCCCCAUGGUGUUCACACAAUCCACCUGCGCCCCAGCAAAGGAGCGGGAGGGCAGGCUCUUGCCUGCAGGAGGCCCAGAAGCACCUGCAGCCUCCAGCAGCCUCCUCCUGCCUGUGCAGAGCCCGCAGCCCUCUGUGGCCACCAGCACCCCGCUCACCAAACUUCAGCUCCAGGAAGCACUGCUGUACCUCAUCCAGAAUGACGACAACUUCUUAAAUAUAAUCUACGAAGCCUAUCUCUUCAGCAUGACACAAGCAGCCAUGAAAAAGACUAUGUGAAAACCAAUCCUUUUACAACUGAUUUUCAAGUUCCUUUUAGAACUCCAGCACAAGGUUCCUUCUUUGUCAAGUGGUGUUACCCUUAAUGUUUCCACAUUUUUAAAAAAGUAUGUGUAAUAUGAAGUAAAAUGUUUCAGACUUUUU